GAGAAACGCCAGAGGCUGCGAUGCUGAGGAACGAUUGCAGAACAGCGGAGUGAAAAUGUGCGAGUGCGUCCCAAACCUGCGCGCUGUCAGAGCCCAUCUCUCCGGAGAGCGUGUGUGUACGUGUGAGUGAGAGAGUGUGUGUGAGGGGCAGAGGGAGACCCGGGAGAGGAAGACCCCUGUGGGCACUGCAAAACAUUUCUUACAAAAAAGAGCGGAAGAAAGAAAGAUAACGGAGGAUAACGCAAAGUACUGUGAUCUUUUUUCCUUUAGCUUUCUUCGGGGGUUUUUUGUUUGUUUGUUUCUUACGUUUCACGUGCCGCUCAAAGUGUCCUGCGGCAUCUGGUGAAGUUUCCCCUCCUUCCUUUCUUGGCGCAGUACAGCUCAGCCCAAGGUGCCCUUGCCUGGUGGGUGAGUUGUAUUUUGGUGUGUUCUUGCAGGGACACAGUGCCUAGCUGCACAUCAUGAAGUGGAACCUGUUCAAGAAGAAGCCUGAGGCCAUGGUGGGCCCUGAGCCCACGGGUCUAGGGGGCACCCACCCGCCCAGCACCAUGACCAUGGCUCCUGUCCCUGCCGUAUCCACCACAGCAGACAACUCCACCGAGUCUGGAGGAUCUUCCAUGGAUGACAUCUUUGAGAAAAUCAGGAACAAGUUCCUCAACGAGAUUGAGACGAUCCCAUUGCCGCCCUGGGCUCUGAUUGCCAUCGCCGUGGUGGCCGCCCUCCUCAUCCUCACUUGCUGCUUCUGCAUCAUCAAGAAGUGCUGCUGCAAGAAGAAGAAGAACAAGAAAGGCAAGAAGGGCAAAGACGGCUUCAACAUGAAGAACAUGCAGGGUGGAGAUAAACAACAGGAUGAUGACGACGAAGAUGGAGAAACAGGUCUGACAGAGGAGGAGAAAGAGGAGGAAGAAAAGGAGCAGGAGAAGCUUGGAAAGCUGCAGUACUCUUUGGAUUAUGACUUCCAGGAUAACAAGUUGACAGUGGGGAUCUUGCAGUGUGCUGACCUGAUUUCUAUGGACUCUGGAGGAACUUCAGACCCUUACGUCAAAGUCUUCCUCCUCCCCGACAAGAAGAAAAAGUUUGACACCAAAGUGCACAAAAAGACACUCAAUCCUGUGUUCAAUGAGACCUUUGUCUUCAAGGUUCCCUACCAGGAGCUGGGAGGAAAAACUCUGGUCAUGUCUGUGUACGACUAUGACCGCUUCUCCAAGCACGACAUCAUUGGUGAGGUCAAGCUGCCCAUGAACACAGUAGACCUGGGGCAGCCCAUCGAGGAGUGGAAAGACCUGGAAAGUGCUGAGAAAGAAGAGCCUGAGAAGCUUGGUGAUAUCUGCAUCUCACUACGAUAUGUCCCCACUGCUGGCAAGCUCACCGUUUGCAUCCUAGAGGCGAAGAACUUAAAGAAAAUGGACGUGGGUGGACUGUCUGAUCCAUAUGUGAAGAUCCAGCUGCUGCAGAAUGGCAAGCGUUUGAAGAAGAAGAAGACCACAGUAAAGAAAAACACAUUGAAUCCGUACUACAACGAGUCCUUCAGCUUUGAGAUCCCACUGGAGCAGAUGCAGAAAAUCCUUGUGGUGGUCACCGUCUUUGACUACGACAAGAUUGGUAAGAACGAUGCCAUCGGGAAAAUCUUUAUCGGCAGCAAGGCAUCGGGCACGGAGCUGAAGCACUGGUCUGACAUGCUGGCCAACCCGCGCCGCCCCAUUGCCCAAUGGCACACCCUCAAAGAGGAAGAGGAGAUAGACGCCACGCUGGCUGGCCUUCACGCCAAGAAGUAACACCACCUCUCUAUAACUCGACUAACCAACUAACCAACCCCCACCAACAGCCACCACUGCAUGAACCCUGACCUCCUUUACAUCUACGCCACAUAAUCACACAGUAUCCAGAAAAAUAUACUUGAAAAAGUAAAGAGCAUUGCUGAGUGUGAAACAUCCAUGUCUCCAUGUAACCUUUUCACUAUGUAGCGUACAUUUAGUAGAAGCAUGGAGAGUGAAAGGAGAGCCAAAGCAGGUUUCGGAUUGUUUUCCCUAUGCUCUUCAGCAGAGGAAUAUUUGCACUUGAUGGAGGCAUAUGGCCUACAGCACUGUUAUACAAGACAUUUUCUCCACUGUAGUCAUUUACAUCAAUUCUAAACUGAAAAUAAUCUUAUUGCAUGUAAGUAAAUUAUUAAUGAGGGCAGCUCCAAAGUGUGAGAAUAUGCUAAAAAUCGAACUACCUGAAGAUAUGAAGCUACUCAUUUGUGUCAGUAGUAUAGGAAGGUGCCAACCAGGCAUCAGAAAUAUAUUUCCAAUGUUUCCAGCAUUGAUCUUACAGCUGCAGUUAGCUAAAUGUUGGGUUAUCUACCAUUUUCAAUAUGUUAAAUGUUUAAUGUCACACUACUGAGUGCUUUCAAUGUGGAUUGUCCACUUGAAAAGGGAAAGGCAGCCUAGUCUGUGGUUUAUCGGCUGCUCGUUCUGCUUCUAUGAGCUGGCUCCGAGUGCCUGAAUGAAUAUGCCUAGUUAAUUAUCACAGUUUUUCAGCAUUCAUGUAUUUCAUGAAUAGUCCCAGGUGUUGUUGAAUAUUUUAUUGUAUGAUGAAAUUGUUUACUAUGUGUACGAAGACCUUUUUCGGGCUGCUGGAUUUGACUUGAGAAUUUUAGAUAACAGAGUUGAUUCUGUAUAUGAGAUGCCGAGAAGAUUCAGGGCUAUGUGGAGCGAUUUACAGCUCUCUGUUUAUACGCUGUUGAAGAAUAGGCUAAUAAGUGAUAAUAACCAGUUACCAUUUAAUGCUUUAUGUCUAAAAUAAUCAUACUUUUCUUUGUCUGAGGGUUUAAAGGUGGGAUUAUGUUGUUAUUGAUUAUAUUACUGUGCCAAACAUGGACUGACAUCACAUUCAUGAGUUUCAUUAUGUUGGCCCAUUUUAGCAGAUACCACUUGCAGUAUAGUGAAACUGGCCAAGAAUGCUUUGUGAGAACUGAUCUAUUGCCAUCUGUUCAUACCGGUAUGUACUCUUGAAAGCUUCUAAUCCAUUUUGAUUCCCCUCUUUUCAUCAUCUCACAUACAUUUUAAUACCUCUGGUUAGUCCACUGCCUUGUUUGGAGCAUUCAGACCCAUUCAGUACCACAUCACUCUUUGAAAUGCCAAAGUAACAAUAAUAAGGGACGCAGUUCAGUUCAGCGGAGAUGCGAUAAUCAUCGUCCAGUCAUUUCACACUUGAAGGGCAACAUAAGGAGAUAGGCAGCAUUUAAUCCCAGUCCAUCGGUGUGCACUUCUUUCCUCAUAACUGUGCUCUGUACAUAUGCAUUGAUCAACUUUGUUAAUACAGCAUGUAUCUAUAACUUGAUGUACAUAGAAGCAUGUUCUGAAGAUAGAGCAUCAUUAUAUUGUGUAUGUGUGUGGCACUUGUCAUUUUGAUAAUAAAAUGUAGAGGAAAAAUGCACAUUUUAUUAAAUUUCCCCAGAGUGGGUGUAGGACUGAAUAUAAAUCUAGAGCUAUAUUAAUAGAGUCUUUCAGGUUACUUUUAUUGCCUGAAUCUGAAGAGUGCUACUAUGAGCUGUGUUAUCCAAUUAGAGCCCAUAUUUGCUGUUUAAUCUGUAAUUAGUUUAUUCAUGUGCUGAUUGUGUUUUCUGUGUGUUUGUUCACUUGUUAACACUUCUGUGUCCAUUUAAAUGUGUUGAUAUUAUUUUUGGGCCCACAAUAUUCUGCUCUUACUUUGGUUAAAGGGGAAAUGAUGCAGAAUUUCUGCAUAAAUAAAUGGCUAACAUAUAAACGAAGUCAUUCAGAGUGGUAUGGUGUGAAAUGCUCUGUUCUAGAGAAACUUGGUAAGAAUUGUUCACAGUGGUGGUGAUAGGAACCAGACAUCUAAAGCAACGUUUAGUGCUUGUAAAAGCCACUUUGCAGCAUGUUAUGACAUGAAAUGAUGACACAUUCAUUGCCUGAGGCCGCUAUGACACAUCCGAGACCAGAUAUCUGGCCUAUAGUGCACUUUUAAAAGCUACUCAGAGGGUGGCAAAGGUGCAUUCAGGGUGGCCCAUUUUAACAAAUACCAUUUACAGUAAAGUGAAACUGGCCAAGAAAACCAUAAUUUCAUAAUUUAGCACAAUUUUACGUUCAUCAGCAUUACAUGUCGUAACUUAGAAGACACGUGUAGGUCCAGGUGUGGUUUUGGACAGUAAAAUUUGUGUUGUACCCCUGACUUGUGUUGUGACGUCUGGUGGCCAUUUCCACCAUUAUUAAGAAACUGCCUUGUAAGUUUCUCUCUGUUGAAACGUUUCACAUCAAACCACUCUGACUUUCUGCACGUCUCAAACGCCAAAAUAUGUACAAAAUUCGAAAAAAAAUGGUGAAAUUCCCCUUUAAAGAGUAAGAUAAUAACCAUUGUCGAAAGCCAUACAUGGGGGUCUUUUCCACAACAAAACGUGCACCUGGCUGCUAGAGAUAAAUCACAUUAUAAAUCCUUGUGAAAAAGGAUCUGAAAGGUAGUUUCAGUGUAACAAAUGACACUGUCUGUUGAAAGGCAGUUUUAUUUCUUUAAAUGAACAGUUCACCAAGAGAUCAAGACUCAUUUCACGCACCCAUUUCAUAAACACAUGCAGGAGAGUAUUAGUAUGCUAAUGCUAGGCUACCUCCCAAUCAGAAAUGAAUUACUUUAGCAUUUCACUUUGCUCAGUAUAGUGCUUGCAAGAAAAUGAUUAGUAGUUUAUUACAAUGCCAGCGACCCACAAGUAAAAGUGGCAUGAUUUUAUUAUGCAAUGUGUGUCUAUGUUGAUGAAUGCCUGUGUGCGUGCGGAUGCAUUUAUAUCCAUUGAGGGUUGAUUUCUGUUUUUUUACUGGAUGGUUUGCCAUAUGGCUAAUCGACACUGGUGGAUAAUAUUCCGUCUUUUCUGAAGGAAUAAGAAGAAUAUGUUGUAAUAUCUUGUCUUCAAAGCCCGUUGUCUAAUGUGCUCCUUUGUUUUCUUUUAUCUUUUCUUUAAGUUAAUUAUUUCUCAGUGUUGUACCUUUAUAUGUGGGCCUUUUUUCAUGCUUGUCAUUGUGUGUCAUUGUGAAAAAGCUGUGAAUAGCCAACUAAGAUGUUUGUUUAUUUGUUUGUUUUUUGCCUGUAUGCAAUGCCUUUGGAACUCCGUGCUCCGCCCACAAAUGUGUUCUGUCAUAGCAACUGUUGCUAGGUUGGACAAGCAUGGCGAAAAUCAAAUUCAACCUAAUUGGAAUGUGUUUUUUUUAUAUUGGACCGUACAAAAUUUGUUUAGUGUCGCCACAUAAUGUUUUAUUUUGUAGCAAGUCAAGACUAGAUUAAAAAAGGAUUUGCAACCAUGAUGAUAUUACCUCACAUAUGCAACACAAGUACACCUGAUCUGCCCUAAUAUUGUAAACUGUCACAUGCAUGCAAAAGAAAUAUAAUUUAAACUGAAUUACGCACUUUAAAUGUGUAUAUUUAAAGAAAACAGCUUCUCAUUAGGCUCAGUGCGUUUUUUGCCAAUGCUUGCCCUACCUAGCAACAGUAGCUAUGAGAAACAUUUGUGGGCAGAGCAUAGACAGGUCAAUUGUGAGAGUAAGAAGCCUUGAAGUAGGGGCAUUAGUAAAAUGUUUUGACUUGUCUUUUUCAUUUUUAAUGUCUUAUUUUUUUAACUUUGAAGUCAUGGCUACAGUGCUUGUUCUCCUGCUACCGUUGCUUUAAUGUGCCGUGUUGCUUUUUUGGUUCUUUCAAGCUGCCUUGGACUUCUAAUGCCGCUGCGUAGGACUGCUUGCGUGUGUGUUGUGAACCUGCGUUGUAAUAGGACCAAUGCAGAAUAAAAGAAAUGUCUUCAUGUUUCUUCUGUGACCAUGAUUGAAAAAGCUGCAGGGGCUCUUUACUCCCCUGCCAAGCAGACAACAAAAUCCCAGUCUUCCCUGGGACACUGUGGACGCCAGUGACUGGCCCCAACCCCCAGUUUUCAGACAUUUAAUUCCACCACCUGUCAGAAACCAUGUCAAUCGCAAAAGACCUCUGCAGAUGCAAUACUGCCGACACUGCUGCUUACUAACACCACCUAACCCACUCUGUCCCUGCGCUCAUCUCCACCGUGUAAAGACUUUUUCCAAAGAACUGCUCGCCCUCGUCCCUUUUUUGUCUCGUGUAGAGGUAUCUGUAUCAGUGAUUCCUUUUGUGGAUGCUUUGGCAUGCUUUACCUUCUCUUACAGAGGAACACAUUUGCCACUGGAAGAUAAGCGUUUGCUACUCCUGUAGCUUAAUGUAGCUUAUUGUCAUCCUGUAAACCAGAAAUGUUAAUACUUCAAGAGAUACCAAGCAUUAAAAAAGUCUACAUGCAGAUCCAUCCAUUGGUUACCGACUAGCUAAUCAUAUGAAAUAAAAGCCUUUUAAAUAUC